CUAACCUAACUCCGCCAGACUUAACGCUUCGUCUCAAAACAAUAACAAUCUUCUCACGAUUAUCGGCGUCGUCCCUCAACCAACAACAGUUUACCGGAGGGCCACUAAUAUUAGUGGCCUCGAUGAGGACAGGAAGCCGGCGGCUUGUCAAAUGUCCCCUUAAAAUCUCCAAAACCCCCCAACAAAGGUCCACAACACUGUUUCACUUCUCGAAGCGUUCACGUAAACUGCACUUUGCCACAAGGGAGAGGCCAGGAGCCCCAAUUGACAACUUGAGACAAGCUGCAGAUUGAUUACAAACUAUAAAUAUGUCUGUUGAUCUGAGUGAAUUGAAGUCAAGUGACUUCCCAUCAUGUGUACGACUUGGUUUACGCAAAUUAGAGGAAGUGCUAGCGAUGCCUUCUGUUCCUCACCUGCACGACAUCCAGCAACAUAUCAUGGAUAAAUUUAUAUUUUGCUGUCGGGAUUCAAGAUCUUCCAAAAUAAGGGCUGUUGGACCAGUGGAAGAAUUGGUAGUAGUGAGAGAGCUUGGACAGCAUUUGGGGAAGAUGGUGGAUACAGCCUCUCGUAAUUCUCUGUUUAUCACCUUGUUUCACCCAUCUUCACAUGAUCCCCGCACGCCACAUAAGCUUCGCAUAUUGUCAGCGUUGGUAUCCCUAGCCAUUGCUACACACAAUGUGCCUGUGCUAGAAGCCACGGCUGUGUGGAUGCAGCAAGUGUGUUGCCUUAGUAGUUGGAGUGGAGAGGUAUGCCGAGGCUUGGUGCAAGACUAUUUCCAGCUCACACCAUCUUCACCACCACAUUUUGCCGCCGCACUCAGAGCCUUACCGACUAUGGCGCCUCUCUUCACAGCAAAUCUCAUUACAACACUCUCACAGCUGUAUGCCAAAGUUGGGAGUGGAGAGAUAUGCGAACGUCCCCCAGAAACCCUUGUAAGCACUGUUGUUUGGUGGCUGAAAGGCGCCCCGGGCCUACCUCCUCACCUCGCUCUGGCACCGCUAACACAUUCCCUGCCUGGUGUUUCUCUUCCAAUGACAGCUGUGCCUCCUAUUGCACCACUCAUGAAGUGGUGUGUUGAAGCCCCAUUCUUUGAAGACACAGAUAAUUCUUCAGAAUCACAAGGGAGAAAACUAAGUCUGCCUAAACUAAUUGAAGGAGAAGCAUUAUUUGAUAAUAAGCCUACCUUAUCAAAAUCAGGACCAGCAGAGAGCACUGACUUGUAUUCUCAGCUGCAUCUUUCCAUUCUUCAAACCUUGCAAAAUGUGCCUUCUGUUCGUGCCCGCAUGACACAAAAACAGGUGCUGUGUCCAAAACAUGUGACGAGUGUUGUUGAUGCAGUGUGUGAAAGAAUAAGAAGUUGCAGGUCAGAAAACGAAGAGGCUGUGAACAUGUCACUGGACAGACUUGCUCAGAUUAUAUUAGUUGCCUUACACACGGAAUCUCUCUCUGGAUCCCUUAGCGAUAUGUGGGACUCACUGCACAGGCUACCGACACAAAACCGUCUUAUCUCUACUCUUUUGACAACACGAGAAGCUCGGUGACUACAAGAAUUAGAGUGAAUUUCAAGUGUUAUUGUUACUUUUUAAAAAAUAUGUGAAAAGACCAUUGCUGACAAGAUUUAUAAACCCCACUAAAACUUAAAUUUGUUUAAGAAACAUUUGUUUUGUUAUUAUUGGAGCCCAUCCUCCUGUUUAGGUAGUACUUAUAGUAAUGAUGAGGACCAUUGUACAUAUUAUUUAAUGUAAAAGGCAAUUGGAAAGUUGAAAUACUGCGUAUUGAAUUUGCACAACCAAGAAUAGUUUUUGUAUUCAUGUUGCAAAGAAAACCUAACGUAACCUUCCUAGGCCUAAUACACACCAUCUGAGGCCAAAUAUAAUACAUAUAUGUGCUAUUCUAUGCCUAGGAAUAUUAAAGAUUUUAUUUUAUUUUAUUUUUUUGGGCUUAAUUUUGUUUGGACUCUUAUGCAGCGAAUACAGUAAUACCAAUUUCCACUAUUUAAUUAUCCAUUACAUACAAUGGUCCACACAUAGUUGCAAAAAGUACUGUCUAAACAGGAGGAUGGGUUAUUAACUUAUUGCUACAGUUAAAGCAGGUGAACUUCCACGAAAGUCAAUCUCAUUUUAUUAUUGUUAUUUUUAGCCAUUUACUGUGUAAGACUAAAAGAAAGUAAUUGAUGAACUAUGUAAAAUUUUAAUGUAAAAAAUGUGUCCCUCUUUUUUGCUUCUUUGGAAGCCAUCAUAAUAUGAUUUAUUAUAUUAUGAUUUAUUAUAUUAUGAUGGUUUAUUGGGAGUGAUACUUUCUGCUAAUACUAGUAUUAGGAGUAAUACUUUCUGGUUAUAUAUUUUUUAGUUCUCUAAUUAUGCAACCUGUCAUCCAAAAAUGAUAGUACACAAAUUAUAGUAACUACUGGUUAAACUUACAAAAAUAGGCUGUUACAUCCAAAAAAAAUCUUAUUUUGUGCGGAUAAUUUUGUAGAGGGCAUGAGAAACAAGGCAACAACCAAACCUAAACUUUUCUAGGCCUAUUAAAGCAGACGUGUACUAAAUUAGGACUAUGAGAUAUAUAUUAGGCUUAUGAUAGCUUAUUUAGGCCUAGGAGAGGUUAGGUUAUAUAGAUACUGUUUGGCACGCCAUUUGGAGUAUUGCAGUAGUACAAUGUGCAAACUUUAUUUGGGUACAACAGCCUGUUUUCAUAUGUUCAACUAGUAGUUGCAAUAUGUACUAUCAUUUCUAGAGGAUGGGUUGAACUAUGUAAUAUACAUUUCUUUUACAAAUGAGUAUGCAGACGACGAGUCGCAAUAAUGUGGCUGAAGAUAUGAUGAACAAGCCACACACCAGGAGAUGGAGAAAUGACGUUUCAAUCUGUCCUGGACCAUUAUUAAUCCUGGACAUUAUCUUUGUCCUCGACUUGAUAAUGGUCCAGGUUGGAUCGAAGCGCCAUCGUUUCUCCAUCAUCUGGUGUGUGUGGUUUGGUCAUCAUACAAAUGAGUAUUACAUAUAUGCCUUUUCUUUCUUGCAUCUGGAGACUGUUGUCAUUAGAUGGGGUAAAUGUGUUAUUUUAAGGACAGGUCGGCCACACGUGCCCCUGAAGCAUUACCAGUAACAUACAACUUGAUAAUGGUCCAGAACGAACUGAACCGUUGUCGUUUCUCCAUCUUCUGAUGUGUGGUUUGGUCAUCAUCACUUCCUGUAACAAUUCAUUUCUGUGGCUAAACUCACAUUGGAGUUCCACUCGGCGAUGUGCUCCCUUUUUUCACCUUCACGUUGCUCCUUUAUUAAAUACUAUUGUCU